AUGGACCCUUUCAUGCCUGGCAAGAAUUUCAACACCUCCGCCAUGGUCCGCGACGCGCUUCCCGAAACCAUCAAGCUCGACGACUCACGUCUAAUCAACAUCAUCAAGUAUCCACAUGAUAUCCAGGCCUCCUGGUCCGAAGUUCGAGAGACUGUUCCGCAAAUUCUCAGUAACAAGCGCCGAGUGUUCAUGCCCGAUUGUGAAGACCCAGAUGCAGAACUUCGUAUUGACAUACUGGUACAGCUUGGUAUGCGCCGCAGCGAGGACUGCAUUGUGUUCGAGACUGUUGCGUGGAGGGACGGGUAUGUGCAGCUUGAUGUAGAUGACAAAACGCUACCACCCGGCGACGUAGAACAUGGCGGUAUCUGGGAGGGCUUGCCUGAGAAACUGGCAACCUGUUUCUCGAUAUCGAAGCUGCAGCGCAACAGGUGGAUAAAGCGUUUCCGGCAAGUUUCCACAUGCUCGUCACGUACAUUGGCAUUGAUUGUGUGCCUCCAGGAUAUCCCGAUUCGUGUAUCUCAAGAUGCAAACUCGUUCAUCUGCGAGUUUCAAUUCUACUCGGCACUCGCGGAGUUGUACAAGAGGCACCUCCCCGCACGGGUCAUAUUUGUGCACACACCGCCGGGUACGGCAGAGAAAGAUAUACAGGACUGUGCAGUUAUUGUGGAAGCACUCAUCAAAACGCUUGUGGAGCAAAGCGGGUUGUGA